AUGACGACAACGAACGCGACGACGUUGGCAGACAUGGCCGCCGCCACGUCACUUACUCUCGGCGACGACGAAGCGUACGGGUCAUCGGUUGCUACGGUCGUCGGCGACUUCUUGACGACCACCAUCGGCGACGUCGUCGGAUUUCUGUCGUCGACGUCGAGCGGUGACGUCACCGAACGCGCGGGCACGCCGACCGGUGACGUAAUGAAUUUCUCGCCGCGAGCAGACGACGUAUUCGCGUCGACGACGUCGUCGCCGACGAAGCAGACGCAUCCGACGACACCGUUCGCGUCGAUCGAGCGCAACGUCAAGUUGAUCAUCUACCGCGUCGCAUUCCCGCUCGUCGUCGUCGUCGGCCUGGUCGGCGACAGCCUCAACGUCGCCGUGCUGUGGCGCAGCGCGCGACCGUCGGUCGGCGACGCGUUCUACACGCUGCUGCGCGCCCUGGCGGUCGCCGACCUCGCCGUCAACGUCGCGCUGACUCCGUCCGUUCUCAUCCGCGCCGACGUCAUCCCGUACCACACGGCGACGACGAUGUGGUACUACACUCACGUCAACUUCUUCCUUCUGCGGACCCUCACGUGCGCCAGCAACCUCAUCGUCGUCCUGACGCGCGUCGUCGUCGUCAACGCGACGUACGCGACGUGGGGGUGGAACGCCGACCUGCGAGCAAGCGUCUUCUACGCCGACGUGUGGCCCGUCGGCCGUGAGAUCAUCUCCAAGGGCUUUCCGCUCGUCUGCGUGCUCGCCUUGAACCCGCUCAUUGUGCGCGCGCACCGCCAGCUGCUGCUGCGACGGAGGCGGCUACAGCAGCGCCGCCCGGCGGCCGCCGAGCCGCGCGACGAGCCGCAGCUGCUGCGUCUGCUGCUCUCGCUCAGCGUCGCGUUCGUCGUCUGCGCGCUGCCGUCGGCCGUGCUGCAGGCGCUCGUGCGACUUCGGCCGCACGCGCUGUCGACGACGGCGUUCUUCGUCGCACUACACGUCACGUACUUCGUUGAGAUGUGCAACUACGCCGCGAACUUCUAUCUGUACGGCGUCGCCAGCGCCGACUUCCGGCGCCGCUUCCGGGAGGUGUUCGCCGUCGGUGGCCGACAGGUGGCGCCAGCGGUCCCGAAAACUCCGACGACGGAGCGGAUCCAGAUGGCGUGA